AUGAGAGCCUCCCCUCACCUUGACCGAAAUUCCCCCAAGCGGCGUGUGACGGACACCCUGGAGCUUGAGGACCAGGCAAAGUACUACUCCUACCUCGCCAAAUCAGGACUGACCGGGCUGGUCAUCCUCGGGACAAAUGCAGAGACAUUUCUCCUGACCCGGGAGGAGCGCAAAGAACUGCUCGCCACGGCGCGCAAGGCAGUCGGGCCAGACUACCCCAUCAUCGCGGGCGUCGGAGGCCACUCGACGCGGCAGGUGCUCGAGUUCAUCGACGACGCGGCGGCGGCGGGGGCCAACUACGUGCUGUGCCUGCCUCCCGGGUACUUUGGCAAGCAGACGACGCCGGCGGUGGUGGAGCGCUUCUUCGACGACGUGGCGGCCGGCAGCAAGCUGCCCAUCGUCAUCUACAACUUCCCGGCCGUGUGCAACGGCAUCGACCUGGACUCGGGCACCAUCACGAAGCUGGCGCACAGGCACUCCAACAUCGUAGGCGUCAAGCUGACGUGCGGGUCCGUGGCCAAGAUCGUGCGCCUGGCGGCCGUGCUCCCCGCCGAGGGGUUCGCGACGUUCGGGGGCCAGUCCGACUUCCUGCUGGGUGGGCUGUCGAGCGGGUCGGCGGGGUGCAUCGCCGGGUUCGCCAACGUGUUCCCGCGGUCCAUCUCGCGCAUCUACGCGCUGUGGCAGGAGGGCAAGACGGACGAGGCCAUGGCGCUGCACCGCAAGGCGGCGCUGGCGGAGCAGCCGUGCAAGGCCGGCAUCGCGGCCGUCAAGUACGCCGCGUCCGUCUACUCGGCCAAGCUGGCGGGCAUCGGAGACUCGGCACACAAGUUCAAGCCCCGCAGGCCGUACCUGGAGCCGUCGGCCGCCGAGAAGAAGGUGAUCGAGGAGACGCUCAAGGAGCUGGCGGAGAUUGAGGCGGGGCUUGCGUGA